AAAAAAUAUGAAAUCGGUGUAUAUACACAAUAAACACUAGAAAAACACUGGAAGUGGUCUCAAUUCACGUUGACUUGACCCCUUACUAAACCCACCCCAACUACUGAGUUUCAGCAAAUUCCUAUAUUUCUAUUGGAGGAUUGUAACACGCUUGCGAGAUUUAAAACAAGAUUACAUUUAGAAAGGAAGGAUUGUUCUUGCUCGCGAGAUUUCAAGAUAUAUUACAGUUCGAUAGGGAGUAUUUAAACCGUGGAAUUUAAAACACACAAAAACCCCAGAAGAAUAUGCCUGUGACCAUAAGGAUUUUGUUGUGGAAGACAGAAAAGGAAAUAAGGUGAGACUGGCUCAGGGAAGACCACACAGAUUCCUCAGUACCUGUUCGAGGCGGGCAUCGGGAGGCAGGGCCUUGUUGCCAUCACACAGCCCCGCAGGGUGGCAGCCAUCUCCCUGGCAACGAGAGUGUCCGAGGAAAAGAGGUGUCAAUUAGGAAAACUGGUGGGCUAUACGGUCCGGUUCGAGGAUGUUACCUCCGCUGAGACCAAGCUGAAGUUCAUGACGGACGGCAUGUUGCUGCGGGAGGCGAUCGGGGACCCCCUGCUGCAGCGCUACACCGUGGUGAUUCUGGAUGAAGCCCACGAGAGGACUGUGCACACAGACGUGCUGUUUGGGGUUGUGAAGGCAGCACAGAAGAAACGCAGGGAGCAGAACAAGUUCUCAUUGAAGGUGAUUAUUAUGUCAGCUACUAUGGAUGUAGACCUGUUCUCCCAGUACUUUAACAACGCUCCAGUGCUGUAUCUGGAGGGGCGGCAGCACCCCAUCAAGAUCUUCUACACAAAGCAGCCUCAGACUGACUACCUACAAGCUGCCCUGAUCUCCCUGUUCCAGAUCCAUCAAGAGGCUCCCUCUUCUCAUGAUAUCCUGGUGUUCCUGACCGGGCAGGAGGAGAUCGAGGCCAUGGCUCGCACCUGCAGAGACAUUGCUAAGCACCUCCCGGACAGCUGUGGGCAGAUGGUAGUGAUCCCACUGUACGCAUCCCUGCCUCACACACAGCAGCUGCGGGUGUUCCACACAGCGCCCAAGGGCUGUCGGAAAGUGAUUCUCUCCACCAACAUCGCAGAGACUUCCAUCACCAUCUCAGGAAUAAAGUUUGUCAUUGACACAGGGAUGGUAAAGGCGAAACGCUACAACCCAGACAGUGGAUUGGAGGUGCUGGCGGUUCAGAGGGUGUCGAAGGCCCAGGCCUGGCAGCGCACAGGGAGGGCUGGGCGGGAGGACAGUGGGGUGUGUUACCGGCUCUACACCGAGGACCAGUUUGACCAGUUCAACAACAUGACCGUGCCAGAGAUCCAGAGGUGCAACCUGGCCAGUGUGAUGCUGCAGCUACUGGCCCUGCGGAUCCCCAAUGUGCUUACCUUCGACUUCAUGUCCAAACCAUCACCAGAGGCUGUUCGAGCGGCCAUUGAGCAGCUGGAUUUAUUAGGCGCUGUCGAACGCAUGGAUGACCAGGUGACUCUCACACCAAUGGGAAAGAAAAUGGCUUCCUUUCCUCUGGAACCCAGGUUUGCGAAGACAAUACUGCUGUCCUCGCAGUUCCACUGCACAGAGGAGGUGUUGACCAUCGUGUCCCUGCUCUCGGUGGACAGCGUGCUCUAUAACCCCCCCUCACGCCGCGAUGACGUGCUGUCCGUCCGCAGGAAAUUCAUCUCCAACGAGGGAGACCACAUGACCCUGCUCAACAUCUACUGGGCCUUCAAAAACGUCAAGGGCAAUAAGGACUGGUGUCGAGAGAAUUUUGUGAACAGCAGGAACAUGGCUUUGGUGUCGGAGGUCCGAUCUCAGCUGAGAGAAACCUGUAUGAAGCUGGGAAUGGCGAUGGAGUCGUCUCGCACAGACACUGCCAACAUCCGCCGCUGCCUGGCACACGGGCUCUUCAUGAACGCCGCAGAGCUGCAGCCAGACGGGUCUUACUACACUCUGCACACCCACCAGCUGGUCUCCAUCCACCCCUCCUCAGUGCUCUUCCAGGGCAAGCCUGCCUACGUGGUGUUCAAUGAGCUGCUGCACACCUCCAAGUGCUACAUGAGGGACCUGUGCCUGGUGGACCCAGACUGGCUGCACGACGCGGCACCCCAAUACUUCCGCAGGAAACUCCGACUGCUCAACAGCUAGUCUUCGAAAGCGCAGCCUUGGGGUUAGCUCUUCAGCAGCUGUCGGCCCUGAAACGGUCCUGAAAUGAAACGUGGACCCCAGUUUAGGGGGGUCAAAGAGUUUCUCCAGCAGAAGACCUGCGUUUGUGUGGCGUCAAGGAGAGUUGUUCUACAGGAUUUUGGGUGUGCUUAAAGGAGUUUCUACUGACACACAAUCCAGGCACCCAGGUUUUUUUUUUUCUUUUUCAUGAUUUGAAAACCGAUUAAUUAAAAGGAAUUCAUCGGAUUAAUAUCUGAAACCUGUUUUGGGACAGGUACGAGGAAGCGGUCAAUAUCGUAACUUAACAAUUUUGUAAUACAGUAAAUACGAUACAGAGUUCUUGUUGUUACACUCUUUGACGUAUAAAGAAGUUGUGAAAUUGAGAGCAGUGAAUUGGAAGUCUGUACACAUUAAAGUGUAGUACAUUUACAAUUCAGAGUCAACCUGGCCGAACCGUGGAACAAAGGGAGCGCUGCACCUCAUGCGAUGUUAACAUGUGCAGCUGGUUUUACUGUUGUACUUUUAUUUCUGCAGAUGUUUAGAAACUUUCGAAAAUUCAGUGACAACAUUUCAACUAAGUAUUUCCUAAUGCCUUCAGUAUUUGUAAAUGUACCACUAUUGAGUGUUUAAUAGUUUACAAUAUGUAUCCUGCUGCUACUGUACUGUGGUACAGGAUAGCUUCACUCUUCUGGAAGUCUGCCCGGGGGACACUUUCUAAACAUUGGUGUUUUUAUAACUUAAGUACAACUGUAAAACAGGCUGCAACCAUAAUUUACUAUUGAAAAAAAUAGUAAAAAGCAAAGACCUAGGUUUAUUUUACGAUUAUUUACCAUUACACCUGACCAAAUACUUUUUUGGUUACCUACAUGGAUUAGACAUGGAUUAGAUGAUUUUACUGUAGUGUGAAUUCUAUUGGAAAAAGUAGAAAAUUCCAGGUGGGUAAGGUUGAACUUCCAGGAAGCUAACUAUGAAAGACAAGGAGUUAUGGUGGUCAUGUAAGCAGAGCUAUGCAAAAAAGAAGCAGACAAUUAUUCUAAUUCCAGUUUCUGUAUGUCUCAUUACAACAAGGGCUGUAUAAAUCUGGUAAAUAUUCAUUCUGUCCUGAGACUUUUUCCACGGUUGGGUUGGGGUGGGGGGAGCCUAGAGGAUAUUUACUUUCUGUCUGAGUAACUAGAAUAAUCCAAUUAUAUCUUAUUUUAAUUAUUAUAUCCCUCAGGUGAACAAAAUGUGUGUCUUGCAGAAUUCACCUGUGUGUGAAACCGUUAAGACUCCAUGCUGGUUAGAACUAGCUCCUGUAUUCAAUGUAAGGCAACGGUUGGCUGAAUUUGAUGUAUGCAUCAUAAAAAAAAGCAAUGCCCAAUUGAUUAGUUUAUGUAUAGGGAGGGAUUUUCCCUAUAGAGAACAGGGUUGGCUUCUAAACCCAGGCAAGAGAAAUACUCCACAAGAAGAAAAUGUCCAGUUGACGUGAUGAAGGACUUGGGGACUGGACAGAAGCCCUCUCAUGCAGGUGUGAUGUAAGAUAACUGGAAGCCUCUCUGUGUUCUUAACCAUGCCAUGUUCAGACUGUCUUUAUAACUCCUGGCACCAAAGAGAAUAACUAGCUGAAGAUUUACUUCCAGUAGUGCUUCUAUCCCUUUGGUACUUCCAGGAUCAUUUACUGUGCCAGAACUGAGCUGUAAAAUAAACAGGGGUUCCCUCAAAAUGUAUAUACCAUUGAUAUCUAAUGUCUUACCCAUGUGAAGUACUGCUGGACAGACCAUUUAUUAAUACAGCUGCUGCUAAUCCUGUCUUUUUUUUCUUUUAUUUCCCUAAUAUUUGUAAAGUUUACUUUUAGAAUAUCAAAUGAUAGAUUGCAUGGAAUUGUGGCAGCUAUAUAUAUACAGGGACCAGAAUAUGCACCCGAGGCCUGUGUUCACUUUCAUUUCUACAUCCAGGCAAUACCUGAAGGUUGUUUAAGACAGGGACAAGCUGGCUGUUCCAUGUCAGCUCAUUGUUCCAACCGUGUUCUGAAUUGUUUCAUUUAACCAGUUCAUCUCCAUCCCCACUAGGGUUUUGAAAUGAUUGAGAUCUACAGUAAGCGCAUGGUUUCAGUGUGCAGAUAGAAGUAGAAUUAGCAUGGCUUUACUUCGGGUCUGGUCAGGUGUAGACAAGUUCAGUAUUAUUCAUAUUACUGCCACUGUUGUUCAAGACCAUAAAGAGGUGCUUGUUAGAAAUGACACUGAAGAAGUUCUUUGAAUGCCAUGGAAAUCUGUUAUGUAUAAGAUACAUAUACAUACAACAUGUGUAUGUGGGAGUAGUAAAUAUGUACACACUACUAAGUCACUGUACAUUUUAAAUGGUGCCAUUUGAACUAUUCUUGGAUGACUGUAUGCAGAGCAAUGUCCAUGAAAACAUGACUGCGCCAAAAUAUGUUGUACCCAUGGGAGGAGUCAGUGGGCCAACUUCCUGUCAUGUUUGGAGACAACCCUUGAGUGUGCCUAGUUAAUGGUUGCAGGUGUUUAUGAAUAUGGCUGUGAUUGCACCUCUGUGCUGUCAGUUAGGGUAAUAGGGUUUGUUCCCAAAGGCAGGGGUCUUUGAACGAAGUGAUAAAAUCCAUUUUCUUACCUCGUGACAGAUUCACUGUAUUCCUUCUCGCUGCACAGAAAACCUUUGUGUUCUUUGCUCAUCUGUGUUUGUUUUGUUUUAACUCAUGUUCAUGCAGCUUUCUGUUCUUCAAAUACACCACUGUACAUUUUAAACCGUUUAAAUCUCUACUUCUUUGUACCUUCCUGUGCUGUAGGUCAUUUUGAAAGUCUGGCUGAAAUCCCAUGGUCUCAGCCUGGGUUUGGUGAGGAGGAAGUGUAAUAGUGAAAUAAAGUUUAUAAAAAUAAGAAAGCCCCUGAUAAAAUUGCUAAUUCUACUAAGAGUACAUAAGAUGGAUUUUAGGAUCUUGGGUAGGACUCCUCUCACGUGAAUGACAAUUCAGGGGCAUUCCUAUUAAUGAUGGUUAGUGUUUGAUCAGGCUGCUAAAACUUAUCAGGUCAAAGUGUAUACUCUCAGGACGAAAAUAAAAAGCUAAUUUGUUAUAUUAAAAAGGAAACAAAAACAGGUUAACAAUACAGGUAACUACUCUGUUUACGAGGUCGAGUGUACAUUAUAGUACAGUACGUCGUGUUUCUGAAGUCGCUGCGGGACCUCAAGAAUAGAAACGUAAAACUGUGACUUGAAGAAAACGUGUUGGUUGUUGUUGGAUGAUCUUGGUGGCCCAUGUUGUGUACGGUACCAUUCUGCUACUAAAAGCCUAAAAAUAGUGGUACUUGCUUCCUUACUAAAACAGAGUGCUGGCAUUUGUUAAAGGCGAGUAUGCAGCAUCCCCUUGCAGUUGACUUGCCCAUACAUUGAGACUGCAUGUCUGCAUCCACUGAAUUGGUUGGAAGUUAAGGCAAAGCUCUGCCAAGUUAUACAGAUGUGGAAAUCGAUUAGAAACAGCCCAAAAACUCGGUUACACA